CUACUUCACAGUUAUGCUUUUAAUGGAAAUUUAAAGUGCCCCUAUUAUGGAUUUUUGAAAAUUACCUUUCAUGCAGUGUGUAACACAGCUAAAUGAAAUGAAUGAAAACAUCCUGCAAAGUUUUAAAUCUAAAACUGCACCGUGUAUGAAGUUAUUGUCUUUCAAAAGAAAGAGUCGUUUUUAAAACGAAUCUUUAGCUGUUUCAAGGUGAUGUCAACAUGAAACAUUAGCAUAUUUAUGCCCGCCCACUUGUUGUGCACGCAGACCCGGGGAAACCUGAACGUCCCCUCCCUCAAACACUGUAACGGAUUCCUGUGGAGAAGACGCUGUGCUCUGCACUGGGAGGGUAAAUCCGUUAGGGUACAGUUAGGGUAUGUCGAAAAACUCCCAACUCAUUUUCUCCUCCAACUUCAAAACCAUCCUACAUCCCCGUAGAAGCACCGAAGCAAUGUUUACAAAGUGAACGUGCAAGGAGGGCUAAACACCCUUUACAAAAAAUAAAUAAAAAGUAAUUGGUAAAACAACGAUGUAGUACGAUUUUGAAGUUGGAGGUGAAAAGUGCUGGGAGUUUUUAGACAUACUGUCUUGAACCGUUGUACACAGACAAAGUACGCAUGCGCCUCUCAGAGCUAGACAAGACGAGCAUUUGUGGUUAAAAAGUGUAUAAACACUUUUUUAUUUUUUUUUGAAAGAAAAUUACAGAUGAUUUCGCUAGAUAAGUUGUGACUGAUAAAUUAUUUGCGACUGGAGAAAGGGAGACAUGAACAUCUUCGAUGACAUGGGGGUUGUAUGGUCGUAUAUGGGUAAUGAAAGGACGAAACACCCUCCACCAAACUUUUUGUCUCAGCACUUUGCAGGACUCUCUUACUCUCCAAACUCUACUUCUCCUUCAGCACUCAGUUCAGAUGAGUCAAUUAUAAGCUCAUUUUACUCUGAAUUUGGAAUCAGUUUAGAUGCCUACUCCAGGUUACAGCAGGCUGUUUACUGGGCAGAGCCUGACAGAUCAAUCACAAGUGUGUCCAUGAGUACUAGUCCAGCUCACACCACAUUCAUCAUAGAGAACCUGAAAGAGAGCUACCAAAUUGGAGAGGAGCUUUUUGUUACGGUGCAUGCAAAGGAUUUUGAUAAUAAAUCCAAACAUUACGGGGGUGACUUUUUUCAAGCCAAGCUGUUCUGGUCUAAAACUAAGGCCAGUGUGUUUGGGGAGGUGGUGGACCUGCUCAAUGGCUCCUACUCUGUGCCUUUCCUCCUGCCGUGGGUCGGUGAGGCUCAGGUUGCUGUACGUCUAAUUCACUCCAGUGAAGCUGUGCAGGUCCUGAAGCGUCACAGAGAUACUGACUCUGACAGAGUGUACUUUAAUGGAUAUUAUGAGGGACCAGGACCAAAUAAGACCAGGUUGAGUGAAACGGUGAUGUGUAAUGUGAAGUGGGACAAGAAUGGACUAGAGAGUAUGGGAACCGGAGACUGUUGCUGUGAAUACAACGAUCCCCGUACCGGAGAAACAUGGCGCUGCCAGAGACCCAAAUCACUGCCAUGCAGUGCCCUUGUGUACCACUCUAUGGGCGGUUAUAGAAACCGUCUGACAAAUAAAGAGAAGAUGUUCAUGACACAAACUAACAAAGGUAUCAAUGGAGAUAAGAGCAUCAUCAAAGUGUUUUAUUUCCAUGGAAAUGAAACUAUUGAUGUAACAGAGAAGUGUCGUCCUGGUUUACACACUCCAGUUCCAGCCGGCUUUUACCUGAAUGAUGUGUGGACGUCUUUUGUCUGUAGCACCCAACAUUUUACAACACAAAAGACAACAGAGUGCCUGAAAAACAAACACAUCUACAUGAUGGGAGACUCUACUAUGAGACAGUGGUUUGAGUUCUUUGUGAAAGCAGUACCAACCCUGGAGCAGAUGAACCUGCAUGUCCAAUAUCAGUCAGGGCCGCUCAUAGCAGUGGAUGUUAAGAACAACAUUGACUUACACUGGAGGGCUCACGGCAUUCCUCUGCGCACUCGAAAAACAGCAGUUGCUGAUUUGCACUACAUCAGUAAUGAGAUCGAUGACCAGGCUGGAGGACCCCACACAGUCAUUAUAUUCAAUCUGGGACCCCAUUUCACCACGUACCCUCUGAAUUUCUACACCCAUAGAGUUUUGAGGAUCCGCAAAGCUGUUCUAGCAUUGUUACAGCGGGCGCCUGAUACUACCAUUAUAAUCAAGACUGUCAACACUGGCUAUAAGGAUAUCUUUGGCAGUGACUGGUAUUCUCUACAGUUGGACAGAAUUCUGCGUUGGGCUUUUCAGGAUGUUGGUGUUUAUAUUCUGGAUGUGUGGCAAAUGACGGCCUGUCACUACAGCAAAGAGAACAUUCAUCCAGGCCCUGUCAUCAUCAAAAAUGAGAUUGACAUUUUACUCUCUUUUACUUGCCCUAAAUAAGGAUGUCAAAGCCCUCUUAAAAUUUUAAGAAGCUUCACCUGUUCACUUGUGUUCCUUACUUCUCCGUCUGCGGCUCCCUUCAGAAAUUGUGAAAUCUUGGAGCCUCCCAUCUUGCCGUGCUUUUGUUUUUCUUCUGAAAUCACAGAACAGUUAUCAAUAUUUGUUUACCAUGAGAGAUCAAAAUACAUUUGAGCUAGAUUCAGUUAAUUGUCCCGCUGAUGUAAGUGACGUCACCGAUUAACGGUACAGUGUAGGCUAUAUGUUUAGGUUAAAUAAAUAAGCCUAUGUCCAAUCACCCACUGAAAUAUUACCAGUAAAACUUUUACAGAACUGUCAAAAUCUCUCAUCUACACAUAAAGAUGUGAAUAAAAUCCCAAACUUUCAAAAAGAGCUGCUGUCUAUGGAGUUAGCCUAUCGUUACGUCCUCUGAAAAAGGCUAAGAUGCUAACGGACUUGUUCGAAGACACUAAACCAUUUCUAUGAACUAAUUUCACCAUAAACGAGUCAAAUACAAGCAAGAGAGGUGUCAGGAAUAGCUGUAUUUAAUAUUUGUGAGAUUUUAGGGACUAAACUUACCGAAAAC